AUGGCCUCAUUUCAAGCUUCAAGCUUUCUAUUCUCUUCUUCUUCUUGUAGUUGUUCAACAAGAACCAAUGCUGCCAUUUCCGUCCCUAAACUUCCAAGAGUUCGUCUCUCGGUUCCAAAAACUCCAUUUAAAUUAGUCGAGGAACUGAAUUUAAAAGAUGGGUUCUUGAGUACAAUCCCAUUAGAAAACACAAGAGUAGAUCAAUAUGAGCCAGUCAUUUCUACAAGUAAUACUGCAACAGCUAAGCUUUAUGCAAUCUUAGAAGCUGUUGCUGAUAGAGUAGAGAUGCACAAAAACAUCGGCGAGCAGCGUGACAAUUGGAACACUCUUCUUUUGAACUCAAUUAACAUGAUCACUCUCGCAGCUGCAACCAUGGCUGGUGUAGCAGCAGGUGGUGCAGUUGGAGCACCUCUUUUGGCUUUGAAGUUAUCGUCAACUCUUUUGUUUUCUGCAGCCACAGGAAUGUUACUUAUCAUGAACAAAAUCCAGCCUUCACAGCUUGCAGAAGAGCAAAGAAAUGCCACAAGAUUGUUCAAGCAACUUUAUAGCCAAAUACAAACUACUCUUGCUCUUCGCGAUCCUACCGAGUUAGAUGUGAAGGAUGCGAUGCAGAAAACAUUGGGUCUUGAUAAAGCUUACCCUCUUCCUCUGUUAGGGAAAAUGAUUGAAAAGUUUCCUGAAAAUUUCGAGCCUGCUGUUUGGUGGCCUAAAUCACGUGAAUCCCCAAGAAAGCAGCACAAAACACAAGGAAAGAAUGGGUGGAGUGAGGAUCUUGAAGAGGAAAUGAGAAAGGUGAUUGAAGUGAUAAAGAGCAAAGACAGUGAAGAUUACAUGAGACUAGGCAACUUGGCAUUGAAGGUGAACAAGGUUUUAGCAAUCUCAGGUCCAUUACUCACUGGCAUUGCAGCUGCUAGUUCUGCCUUUGUAGGCCAUGGAUCUUGGGCAGCAAUAGUGGCUGUCACAGCUGGUGCAUUAGCUAGCUCAGUCAAUGCAUUCGAGCAUGGUGGCCAAGUUGGUAUGGUUGUUGAAAUGUACAGAAACAGUGCUGGAUUCUUUACGCUUUUGGAGGAAUCAAUAGAAUCUACAAUUCAAGGAAGAGAUUUGGAGAAAAGAGAAGAUGGGGAAAUGUUUGAAAUGAAGGUGGCCAUGAAGCUUGGAAGAAGCUUGUCACAGCUUAGAGAUCUUGCGAGAAAAUCCUCUUCUUCUCAUAUAAAUGGAAGCACCAUAGAUGAGUUUGCUAGCAAGCUAUUUUGA